GAUAUAAUACUGUGUUGUAGUAAAGUCCGGUACAAUUUUGUCAUAUCAUAGUAAACAUACAUUUAUCAAUGCUUGAAUAAAACAUAACGCGUAAUAUUUACGACCAGCUUUUUACAUUAUACGGAGUGUGAUAUCUUAAGUUUAUAUGUAAGGAUCAGGAAUAUUUAAACGUCCCAAAAAUGAAGAUUUUGGUUGUGAUGUUUCUUGUGUCAUCUCACUGGUGUACCAACGUUUCAGCUUUACCAAAAUAUUAUAUGGAUGAACAAUGUGGCGGCAGUUUAGACCUUACUGACAUGGGAUCUAUCCGGCUCAAAUUGACAUCAAGUCAUGUUUUUCAACCAAGCAUGGAAUGUACUUUACUAAUAACCACAUCGAAAUACAAUGAGCAGUUUAUGCUUUUCUUCAGGAAAUUUGACGUAGAAGAUGGUGCUGAUUGCCAAUCAAAUUGGUUAGAGGUGCACGAUGGAUCCAGUGUUAAUUCUCCAUAUGUAGCAGGUUUAAUCGGGAAUCUAUGUGGGAGAUCAAUAGGCAAUGCAGUGUGGGUAACAACCGGAUCCAAUCUUUUCCUGUAUUUUCAGAGCGGAACUCAAUACCAGAGCAUGGGCUUUGACAUGGUGAUUACCCAGUUUCAUACAGGAAAGUGUAACACAAGUGAGUAUUCUUGUGGAAAUGGACGUUGCAUCUGUGAUGGGUUGGUCUGUAAUGGAUACAACCCAUGCGGAGACGAGUCUGACUGUAUUGGUGUCCUCGCUGCUGCAGUAAUCGUUGGCAUUGUAUUUGGCUCACUCAUUUGUUGUAUUGGACUGACUUGCUUGACAAUCGUUUGCUGUGCACGACGCCGACGACGCUCUAAGAGAGGUAUAUAUCAGCCCGUUAUUGUGACGCAGACGACAGGAUAUGGGACCGGAUAUAACUACACUACAUGAAGAAAAAUACAUAUAAAACUGUGUACAUAUUUGUAAUGUCGACCGUAACAUUUAUAUAAACCAUAUACACGGCAACUGUGAAAUUAUAAAACAAUGUCAAGGUUUUCUCUAAAAUGAAAGUUUUCUGUAUUAUAAAUUUGUUACAGGUUUAUCGGUAGUUUAUAAACGCUUCUUUGAAAUAAAACACUAACGUAGCGGAUCAUUCCCAUUUUUAUAUAGAGUCAUAUAACAUUUUACUAAUAAUAUAUGUGUUUGUACUGAA